CGCUGAGGUGGAGCCUAUGCCUUCCGCGCUCCCUUUUGGGUUGUGCAACCCUCAGGGGACCAACCCCCAAAGCCCUAGGGAGACAGGAAGGCGUGCUCUCAGAACGAGAGUCCGCAUUGGCUUUACCCGUAGAGAAAGGGUGGGAUGGUGUAGUCGCUCUUCUUGUUCAUUGGUCCGGUGAUUCCAUGGGGUGGGAUUUGGCUGGGCCUAAACUAUCCGCGGUCCCGGACCGGUUUCAGGGCGAAGCUGCCAUGCCUUCCGGGGGCCGCGGGCGGCCCCGGCUACGGCUGGGGGAACGUGGCCUCUUGGAGCCACCCUCACCGCCCAAGCGCCGCCUGCUACCGCGGGCGCACUUCUUGCCUCUGCUUCUGCUGUCCCUGGCCGUGGCCUCGGCGUUCUACACCAUCUGGAGCGGCUGGCACCGCCAGACUGAGGAGCUGCCGCGGGGCCGGGAGCUGCGGGGCCGGUUGAUCGGAAGCCUCCCUGAAGCCCGGCUGCGGAGGGUGGUGGGGCAACUGGACCCACACCGUCUCUGGAACACUUACCUGCGCCCCCUGCUGGUUGUGCGGACCCCGGGCAGCCCCGGCAAUCUCCAAGUCAGAAAGUUCCUGGAGACUACCCUACGGACCCUGACGGCAGGCUGGCAUGUGGAACUGGACCCCUUCACGGCCUCGACACCCCUGGGGCCACUGGACUUUGGCAACGUGGUGGCCACGCUGGACCCAGGGGCUGCCCGUCACCUCACCCUUGCCUGCCAUUACGACUCCAAGCUCUUCCCAUCUGGGUCGGCUCCCUUUGUGGGGGCCACGGAUUCGGCCGUGCCUUGCGCCCUGCUGCUGGAGCUGGCCCAGGCCCUGGACAGGGAGUUGAGUAGAGCCAAGGAGCAGGAAGCCCCGGUGACUCUGCAGCUGCUCUUUUUGGAUGGCGAGGAGGCACUGAAGGAGUGGGGACCCAAGGACUCCCUUUAUGGCUCCCGGCACCUGGCCCAGCUCAUGGAGUCUGCACCCCACAGCCCAGGCCCCACCAGGAUCCAGGCUAUCGAGCUCUUCAUGCUUCUUGAUCUCCUGGGCGCCCCCAAUCCAAACUUCUACAGUCACUUUCCUCACACGGCCCGCUGGUUCCAUCGGCUGAGGAGCAUAGAGAAGCGUCUGCACCGCUUGAACCUGCUGCAGUCCCAUCCCCAGGAGGUGAUGUACUUCCAGCCCGGGGAGCCCCCUGGCUCUGUGGAAGAUGACCACAUCCCCUUCCUCCGCAGAGGGGUCCCAGUACUCCACCUCAUCUCCAUGCCCUUCCCCUCUGUCUGGCACACGCCUGGCGACUCGGAGGCCAACCUGCACCCCCCCACGGUGCACAACCUGAGCCGCAUCCUCGCCGUGUUCCUGGCUGAGUAUCUGGGGCUCUAGCCCCCCUUGGCGGACUCUGAAGGAGAAGUGUCCAGCUAGGACGUCCCAAGGGCACCCGGAGCCAACAGAACUCAAGCCAGGCUGCCUGAUCCUUUCUUCAGCUCUAUUUAUGCCGACCGGAAUAAUAUGACCGGAAGAUCCUCUUUCCUUUGAUGGUCUCAAGCUGUCACUCUUCAAAGACACGGAAGAGACAAGGCCACUGUGGGGGCGAGAGCCAAAGGCAUGAGAGCUCGGACCCUGUCCUGAAGCACUUGGUUUGAAGGUUCACAGGCACCAAAUGCUGUUUGGUUGGAGUCAGCAGACCUUGGCCAGGCAUCUGGACCAGCAGCACCGCCCCACCAAAUGAAUCCUCCGUGGCUUAUGUUCUUAUGAUGUCAGUGGAUUGCCAUGGGGGGUCCACAGGGGACGUGCUUGUAAACAGGAACAGAGGAGACGGAAGCCGAUAUUUGGGGACUCGAGUCUGCCAGACCCAAGGGCAAUAAACCAGUGUUUCUGGGGAACAUAUUCGGCAGAAUUAGCAUGACUAGGUGUUGCAUGAGAAAGGGGGAUCAGAGACGCGGGAUGAGACAUUAAAGGAGUUUCUUCAUUGCACAAUGUGA